AUGGUGGUGGAAAUGGUGGUAGAUGACGAUGAUGAUGGCAAUGAUAGAAGUGAGGCGGGUACUCGCCAGGAUGGGACCAACUAUUUCCUGGCCCGUUGUGCCAGUGCCCAAAAUGUGGCUUCUCAGGAUUGGAAGGCCCGGCACCAUGCAGGUGAGAAGGCGCGCGGUGAUAUGGGUGUGCACGAGCGCAGGGACGAGUAG